GCAAAACACUGCCAGAAAUGGCGGACGUCGAGUGGACUAAAACCUCUUAACUUUUCCCCGUUUUACCUCAUUUUAGGAUUCAGGUGAGACAUUUGGAUUACGCUUGUUGGUGUUGGUGAUCAUUCCCUCUGCUGUUCUUUCAGGUACAUAUGAUUGCACAUGAUGACCUUUAAAAGCUAACCUUGACCUUCACAUCGCAUAAUGACCUUGGAACGACCGAAACCCGUGCACAAGGAGGCCACGGCCAAAAUCCACAACAAUGUCCUUGACGUGCCAAAGAAAGAUGAGCCGAUUAACAGUCGGAACAGUCCGACAACACUCAACAUACUCACGUGUAGUACAGACAUGGAAGACUUCUCAAAUAGCAUGCUAUGCCUGGAACAGGAAAUCGACAAACUCAGUGUCACGACAAAUUCCCAGGCGUCAACUUCUUACUCGACGGCAACCAACACGAUCCCAACCGGCCCAAACUCCACCAACAUAUCCGCGUCUUCUGAUGAUGCGGAGACACUCGAUAUUGGUUACCGGGAUGGCCAGCAGAGGGGCUUCUUUGAGGGACUCCUGGGAUGCUUGAGGCCGGUGUGGACGAUCAUUGGAAAGGCGGCCACAGCAGAGCUAAAGCAGCAAGAUGACUGGGAAAUCCCCUUUGAGAGCAUCUCGGACCUUGAAUGGUUAGGCAGUGGUGCCCAGGGAGCAGUGUUCCUUGGUAAACUACGCAGCGAGCAGGUUGCUGUGAAGAAAGUCAGGGAUGCCAAAGAAACGGAUAUACGUCACUUGCGGCGGUUAAAUCAUCCGAAUAUUAUCAAUUUCAAGGGUGUGUGUACUCAGGCGCCUUGCUACUGUAUCAUCAUGGAGUACUGUCCCUACGGCCAGCUCUACGAGGUACUCCGCGACGGCAAGGAGAUUCCUCCGACGUUACUCCUCGACUGGGCACGGCAGAUCGCCAGCGGCAUGAACUAUCUACAUUCACACAAAAUCAUUCACAGGGACCUCAAGUCACCAAAUGUCUUGGUGGCAAUGAAUGACAUCGUGAAGAUCUCUGACUUUGGCACGUCGCGGGAAUGGAACGAGAAGAGUACGAAGAUGUCGUUUGCGGGGACGGUGGCGUGGAUGGCACCGGAGGUCAUCCGAAAUGAACCUUGCUCAGAAAAAGUCGACAUAUGGUCGUUUGGCGUCGUGUUAUGGGAACUGCUGACCGGAGAGAUUCCGUACAGAGACGUCGAUUCCUCCGCCAUUAUCUGGGGCGUAGGCAGCAACAGUCUUCACCUACCGUUGCCGUCGACGUGUCAGGAGGGCUUCAAACUCUUGAUGAGGCAAUGCUGGAGCGCCAAGCCCCGAAAUCGGCCAUCAUUCCGCCAGAUUCUGAUGCAUCUUGAGAUUGCAUCGCCAGAACUAUUGAACAUUCCCAAGGAGGAGUACUUCCAGUUGCAGGUUGAAUGGAAAGAUGAGAUUAAGGAACAACUUCAAAAGAUCCGCAGCGAAGGUUCACACAUGCCUCAACUGGAGGAAGAGCUCAUCAAGCGGAGGAGAGAAGAGCUGCGUCAUGCCCAGGACGUGCGGGAACACUAUGAGAGGAAACUUGAGCGGGCCAAUAAUCUGUACAUGGAGCUGACGGCGUGUAUGCUUCAGCUGGAGGGGAGAGAACGGGACCUAAUGAAACGGGAACAACAAUUCAACAUGCUGACCAACAAACGACGCAAGAGCAUCCUCAAGCCUGUGAUCAAGGCACAGGAGAAGAUUGAGCGGAUAAAGAAACGCUCCGGUCACAGCCUUGACAUGAUCGUCAAUAAAGACGGCAAGUCGGUGACAGUAGUCGCCACGUCGACAAACGACCAGUCACAACCUUCACCCACCAGAGUUCGUCUACGUAAGUCCCGGCGUCGCCACAAUCCUGGGCGCUCCUCGACAACCAGCGGCCAUUCUACCUCAAGUCCCGUGAAGAGUCCCUCUAAGGAAACGCUGAAUGAGGAAUUCGAAAACAAAUCAAAUUCAUCGAAAAACGACCAACAGAAAAAUGACCAUUUGUCGCCAUCUGCGUUUAAAUACAUGGGACCGGGAACGGCAAUACGCGAGAGCGGGAUCGAGUUCAGUCAUUCAGAGAGUGAGCAACCUGAACAGAAAAAUUUGAACGAUGUGUGUUUUGGCUGUGACGGAAGCUGUAGCGAUAUUACGUGUAGUUCCAAGCGGUCGAGUCGGAUUAGUGCUGAUGUCGAGUCGAACAUUUGCGACAGCGAGUGCACAAGUCCUACCCAUCAGGUAUUGCGGCGGAUACUUGACGUUGAAAAUAUGAAUCCAGAAGAACGUGAGGAAACUGAGAUUGAUUCAAAUCAAAACCUGGAACAAAAAUCGACGUCUUUGCCGGAAAAAUCUGGUACAGGCAACGGGAAUAACACAGAUGAGGACGUUAUUGCUGAUGAUGUUAUACCGGUCGAUACGGGGAUUCCGGAGAUUAGUGUCGAUGCAGUGACAAUAAAUAAUUAUAGUAAUCUAAAAAAUGGCUCAUUGAAACGGAGUAUAAGUGACAAUCCUGUGAACCAGUCUCCGAGUAAGAUACCGCAUAUGCGGAUGGACUCAACGGACUCUGAGGGGCAGUAUAUGAUAUGCCGGAGUAUUGGGAUACAGGCACGUGCUCGACAGGAUUCAUGGUCAGAGGAUGAGGGGGCUGUUGGUGAUAGCGAGGAAGACUUCACACGCCGCCACGUGGUACACUUCCAGCGAGCCCAAAGUAACCAAUCAACAUACUCAUGCUUCAGCUCGGAGGGUAUCUCUGAGGAGGAAGGAGCUCCAAGGCGCCGAAAGGGCCUCAUGUCGACGACAAGCACUGAUAAUCUUCAAUUAGAGUUGACGAAUAACAUGAACGAUGGUCUCUCUGAUAAGGAGAUGGUGGUCAAACGCAUGAAGAACCAGGUCGCGUCACCCGAGCAUAUUUUGAACAAGAACCACCUUGCGGACUCAGACACAGAUUCCACAGACUCUGACGAGUGUUCAGUCGCCAGCACAGUUCAUCGCAAGCGCAAUGGCAACACUGACAAUCAGACAUGGUCAUCGCCUCGGUUAUAAUUGUAUGACCGUUACUAUGGUAAUCAUGUGGCCUGUUGCCGACCAUGAUUGUAGACCACGGACGCUUGUGAGAAUACAUUCUUUAAGGUGUGCUGCAGGUUCAGACCAUGUUGGCGGUGUUGGUCAUUAGCGACAGAAGCUUUUGAUUGGUACUGAUAAAGACCUUGUGCAGAGUAGUGGUUGAAGACCUUGAACGAGACGAUGACGGUGUGAGUAGAACUGUGGUUUUGUGAGUAGUUUAUUCCAAGGAAAGCUAUUAUGAUAGGACCAGAUGCUUCGAUAAGAGUCUGGCAAAAUACGGGUCAAGUCGGUGGGGAUACACCAAUCUACGAUACAAGUUCAGGAGAAUCGGGUGAAGUGAAUCAGGAAGUCAAGCUGUGCACCCUGUGGAGAGGAAGUGGGACAUUCCUGUUGUUGUCCAACAGAGAUGAAAUUGUUGAGUCCAUUUUAAGAUGAGGGUUGUAUUAGACGGCAGUUUAUCAAAUUAGACCUUGACCUUGAUAUCUUACUUAUUACUUCGGCAAUUUAGCAUCUAAUUAAACAAACAUCAGUUUGCUAAUUACUGGUACUUAAUUAGUGCAACUAAAUUAUAAUCUUUAGAUCUAUGGUUAAGAUGUAUAGCAAAAUCUCUAUUUCAAUGUCAGGAGAAGUUCUGAUGAAAUGCAGAAAAUGAAUUUAUUUUAGUUGGCCUCAUAACGUAAUAAUAAAAAAUGUCACCAGACAUAAUUUGAAUUCAUGUUUGAAGAUGACUGUACAUGUUAAUUGAGAUCUGUCAAUCAAUCAGUGGAGUUAAUUGGUUCAUCGAGUUCGUUUGGGUUUCUUAUCUUUAUUCCAGUUACAUGUUCUCAGGGCCAUGUUUGGCACAAUAUGUGUACUGUACAACUUUUAUUUCACAUAUACUGUACAUGUACAUGUAUAAAGGGAAAUCAAUUUGUAAUUUAUGUUAAUUUGUAUGACGGUUUUUUCAGGGAGCCCUAAAAAAUGUAUACUGUCUCGUUUGUUAACACGAGGACAUGAAAGAGAAAUUCAUGAAGUCAGCGCUGCGUCCUUGGGUAUAUGUUGUCACUUGAAAAUCGACGUCUGGCACAUUUUAUAAUUGGGAAUUAUUCUCAAGAGAGGCGCAGCUGACCUUGGCCUGAUUUCUUUUGGGACAAAGUUGCUGUCGAACUAAUCAUACAUGUUUAUUUGCUCACAAAGACAUCUCUUUGAAAUAACUCCUGCAGUCUCUCCACUGUGUUUAGCUUGCACUCACUUGGGCCGUACCUGGUUGGUUCCCGCCGCUUCGUGAUGAUGAUGAUGAUUAACACUACCUUGAAUGAACAUGUUAGAUGGUAGCCUAUACAAGGUUGUCCAAAUUGGGUAGGUUUGGGAAUCGACAUGGGUCCGACCGAAAUCUUCAAACAUAAGAAGUAUUAGUUUACUUCUUUACCACCAGAGGGCAGCAUAUCCAUACGGAGGUUCAAAUCUGUAGGAUGAACUAUACACAGAGACCUCUAGUGGUGACUUGUAACACCAUAUGUAAAUGUUUGUACCAUAUCCUUGUUGUCGUUGUCUGACCAAUGAGUCGAGAUCGUAUUCACUGUUUGAUUGUUCUAAACGCUUUCACAGGGACAGAAGACCGAUACUGUCUGAAUAUGUAAAUGGGGGUCGUACUGAAAUGGUCUAUGCGCUUGUGGAACAGUGACCUUCCAGUUCUUUUGCUUGGAGCUGUGAAUGGUUGGGAAAGAUUAUUCUUGGGUUCUGAAGUGGCCAGGCCAAAUAAUCCAUCCAGUGCAGUCGGGAGGUAAAUGAUGGGUUUGUUUUCCUUGCCUUGCUAUGCCGUGUGUUCUGAGUAAUGGUACUUGUCUACAUCACCUAUACUGUCGUUGUUUAUUGGUAGAUAUACGCUCACUUGACAUAUCCCACAAUGCAUCAUUAGCAUAUCCCAGCAUUCAUAGUGUAAAUACGUCACACAUAUUGUCAUUUUGCGUGUGUCAUGGUGAGUGGUGUUAAGGGAAUAUACCGACAAACUCUGUAGUAAUGUCAUUGUGUAGUACGAACGUGAACUGCUCUCAUUUACCUCUUGAGUGCCCUGGGCUGAGCACGACUUAAAGCAGAAUUGUUGCAAGAUGUUUCGACCUUCUGACUUGGGGUAAUCAUGGAUUUUCAGAUUUGGUAAUGAUCUCAGUCGCCGAGGAAAUUCUUCAAUGUCUCUGCAUGUGUUAACCUGGCGACCCAAAUCUAGUCUGUCUUGAUCUUCAUCAGGAGAUGGGACCAUCGUCUUGGCUGCAAUAGUUACCAUAGCAACGCACCAGCGAGAGUGACAGUGCACAAAACAAUGUUGCUAUGGUCAAAAUGGCAGCCAAAACUGAUCCUCUCGUCAUCUGGUGAACCAUUGAUAACUAACAUGGAUCCAGCAGACAGUGUCAUUACAUUUCAUCAGAUGGGGUGUUCACAAUAAUUGUAUAUAUCAGUGUUGUAUAUCACGACCUGGAGAGGUCUGGAUUUUUAGCACUCAAAUUUUCUAUCUGUACAUGCUUAUCGAAAUAAUGACAAUGUUGUAUAGUAAUGGCCAUUACGAUAGUGAGUUCUCAUUUUAAUGUCAUGGGCAUGUGGUCAAUAAUUUGUAUGUAUAGACCAUGGACCCAUGAAAGUGUUUAUGACUUUGUAAGCAAGUGAAGAUUUAAUUUUUAUGGCAGUCUCAAAAAUAUUGCUGCACUAAGUUUUUUUAAUACAUGAGGGGAUCAUGCGUAUAAGAUGUGCUUCCGUUUUGCCUGCUCACUCCAGUUUGAAGACAAUGACUUUAGUCCAUCAGUUGAAAAACAAUGGGAAAAGCGUGAACAAUUUCUUUCCAAACUAUAUUGCUAAUAUUGUGGGUGAAAAAUUAGCAUGCCUUCAAUGGACGAAAAAUGGCUUAUUUGGAUAAAAUGCUAAUGCAGUUUUGUUCAAAGUUAUGAAAAGUUGCACGUUGUAUGUACAUAAGGAUAAACUUGUUCAUAUGUGUUUGUUAGAAAGUUGUGGUAACGUUAGAAGGUGGCGCCACCUUCAUCAAACUGGUCUCAUUUAUGACUAAUAUGAAAGACGUCAAGUGUUAUAAAAUUAUCUCUAGCUAAACUAUUCAUUUUGUGUGUUUUUGUUUCAUUUAUUAGAUUGUUACCCGAUGCAUAGUCUAAAAAUUACAAAAUAUUUGUAAUUUGACCAAAAUUUUACUUGGUGGUUAGCGGUACCUUUUGAAAUAAGGAGUAAGCCAGAUAGCCUGAAAGUUUUAUACUGAUGCGAUGCACUGUCUGGCAAUGUAAGUGCUAGCCUGUGUGUACCUCAGUGCAUUCAAUUCUAACCUUGGCAAUUGUGAGCUUCAGCUAGAAUUCAGUAAAGUGUGGCUUUAUAAAUUUCAAGUUGUUGUGUGGGGAUAGUCAAUCGAAAUCGUUUGGCGCAAUCUACCGAAUCUGUCCAUUUCAAAACCAGUACCGAUAAUCUGUAAAUGAUGGAAUAAGCAUGUUUAACCGGUCAGAAGUUUUCAUCGGAAUAUUUGAGGUGGCUGCACCUUGGUUGUAAUGGAUGGAAAUGGGUUAGAGAACUGGUGCUGCCAUCAAGAAAGAAGUGACUGCUCCUGACUGGUUUUACAGCAGUAGUAAAACUCGAGGAAACUUUGUCAGUUUAUACGUGCUUCAGACUGGUUUUCUGUAUUCCUAAUAUCAUUUUACGAAGGUCUGAAAACGAUACUGGGCAUCUACUAAAAUGUAAUGUUUCAUCUUGUUCUUCUUACCAAAACAACAUUUUCAUUCUAUUCUUAGUUAGUUUAUUUGUGUAUAUUUUGUGAGAAGUUUUAACAGUUAGGUAGCAUCCUCUUAGCUCAUUUAAUAUAGCAUUAGUUCACAUGAACAGUCGUUUUUCAGAAAAUCAAAAUGUUUAUUUUCGUAAAGUUUGAGAUAUCGGCAGCUGCAUGUUCACUUGUAAAAUAGCUUGAAAUUAUUGAAAUCCCCUGUCGUCGUGUAAUAGACCAUUCCAUCUUAUUUAUUUCUCUUUGAUGGGUUGGUCUAUUAUGACAACUGCAGGGAGAUGAGGUACAUGUACAUGUAAACAUAAUGUGUUACAUUUUUCAUGUACUCAACAUAACGCUUGUAUUGCUCAUCAGAUGUUCUUCAGUUCCUGUGACAUCUCUUCUUGUAACAUUUUAUUUGCAAAAGUAUUUUUUUGAUUCCUUGAAAAACCUGUUCAACCAUUUAUGCUGUCAAAUUGUCUACAAUUUUGAUCAGAUUGAUGAAAUAGAACCGACUCGAAAAGACUGCCUAUAUUUGCUGCCAUAAUUUUUCAAAUAACAAUUGCCUCAGCUUCGGUUCAAAUUUAUCAAAUAGGAAUUCUUAAAACUGUUCAAAACUGUGUUCAGUGCUAAUUUGAGGAUGAGUUGUUCCUCUGUUCUCAAUUGCUACCAUAUCUAAUAAAUCACACCUUCGUCAGCUUCGCAUCUUGACCCUCAAUGUAUUGACAUUGCUCACCUUCCAGACAACGCGUCAGAGGCAAUAACGCUGGAAGUUCAGUAUACAGCUUCGUACCAUAAGCAUAUGUGACCCGCCAUGACAAAACAGGUCGCAUGUCGCUCUGAGCUUGACAGGUUGAGACAGACUGGUUGUUCAUUUCACCAUUGUCUGCCUUUUGUAAAAUCGGAGCAUAUCAAUUUCUUCUAUUAUGUCCUGGUGUCAUUUUAGGCUCAUCUUCUGUGCGACAUGCGACUCAUUUUGUCGUGGUGGGUCACAUAUUAGGCUUGACCCUGACCUCUCAAACGACUGGUGUUUGAAUAAUAUCAGGUUUCCGAGAGAAUGGGGAUGGUCAUUGAUUAUGGGUCAACAUUGUCUAUUUCACCACAUUAUGUAACAAUAGAUGAAAUUAAAUGUAAAGUCAUAAUAAACUGACUCAAGUUGGCCUGGCCCAGAUGAUACGUUGCUAUGGUAAUGUGAUGCUUAGAGAUAUUAACUGUGUGAUCUCAGAUUUUGUUUUGUAUUCAGAUGUUUUAUGUCGGUUUAGUUGUUGGGAGAAAUGUGCCAAUAUCACUCUGAAAUUGUUAUAAAGUUCAGUGGUUUUUCGGUUCUUCUUGGAUCAUUCACCCGAAAAAAACGCCUAUCUAUUUUAACCCCCAAUGUACUACCCUGGCCUCUGGAGUUCAAGGUUCAUACCGGGGUAGUUGGAAACUCUCAGUCUCGCCUUGCCAAACCCAAGGGUUUUUUUGACGAAGUAGGUUUUCUACGAACAGAUUUUAUCCCCGAAUCGUUUCUUUGUUAAAUUUAGUGAGAAAAUUUCUUCCCUUGAAAGGUGUAUGAUAUGCCUCCUUGAAGUUGAGCUUGUUGUGUUCUAACAAAUGACAGAUACCAAGAAUCUGAAAGGAACACAAAUGUUGGAUAGCCUCCAUGGCAACCUUGUGUUAAGGGCACCUUUCUCCCUCUGUAGUUAUUCAAGUAUAUCUCAGAACAAGGUGCAUGGAUUUCAUUGUGUACUGUUGCGGUGACCUUGUGUAACCUUUGACCUUGGGUUGAGAUCUACUGCACAGUAGUAUUGGCACUUAAUCGAGUACUAGGGUAUUUACUUUUUGUUGAAUAGUUUUAGUACAAUGUAUUGCGUUUACAAUGACAGCAUAUGUACCAUAUCUUGAUGAUAUUAUGUACAAUAAAGAUGUUAAAAAUAUUAAUGGAAAAUGAA